GUGACGCGCGAGCCAUGGCGGCCAUGGCGGCGCUGCCCCCGGGGCCGCUGUCGCCGCCUGGCGGGGGCGCGGCGGACGCGGCGGGGCCUGAGGGCGCCGAGGGCCUGUUCGUGCUGCUGGGCGCGGGGCUCGCCGCCGCCAGCCACCCCCUGCUCUACGUCAAGUUGCUCGUGCAGGUUGGCCAUGAGCCACUACCUCCAACCAUUGGCAGAAAUGUGCUGGGGAGGAAGGUCCUGUACCUGCCUGGCUUCUUCACCUACGCCAGACACAUCGUGGAAGUGGAUGGGAAGAGAGGCCUCUUCCGUGGCCUCACCCCUCGCCUCAUCUCAAGCACUUUAUCAACCAUCACCAGGGGGAGUGUGAAGAAGGCUUUUCCACUGGAAGACAUGGAGCACGUGUCCAACAAGGAUGAUGUGAAAACUUCACUUAGGAAAGUGGUCAGAGAGACAUCCCACGAGAUGAUGAUGCAGUGUGUGUCCCGGGUCGUGUCACACCCCCUGCACGUGAUCUCCAUGCGCUGCAUGGUCCAGUUCGUGGGCCGGGAAGUCAAAUACAGCGGUGUGUUCAGUGCCAUUGGCAGGAUAUUUAAGGAAGAAGGGAUCCUGGGAUUCUUUGUUGGGUUAGUCCCUCACGUCCUGGGGGAUGUCAUCUUCCUCUGGUGCUGCAACCUCCUGGCUCACUUCAUCAACACCUACGCUGUGGAUGACAACUUCAGCCAGGCCUCGGUGAUCCGGAGCUACACCAAGUUCGUGAUGGGGAUCGCUGUGAGCAUGCUGACCUACCCGUUCCUUCUCGUGGGAGAUCUCAUGGCAGUGAACAACUGUGGGUUGCGCGCCGGCCUCCCUCCCUACGCUCCUGCCUUUGCAUCCUGGAUCCACUGCUGGAGGUACCUCAGUGCUCAGGGGCAGCUGUUCCGUGGCUCCAGCCUCCUGUUCCGCAGGGCGCCCAUCCCAGCCUCCUUCCCCAUGGACUGACGCCUCGGCAGGGACAGCUCAUCAACCUGGACUCCUCAAGAAACCCCCAGCUUGUUUCGAUAUCUGUAUAUUUCUAUUUUCUGAUCCAAAGUCCAUGGUGCCAGAACUGACACCUCCUCUUCAGCAAGGCCAGGAACAGACUUCUGGACAUCUGGCUCAGGCUCCAGCUGCACCAAAGCUCCGUCCUUGUGGCUGUCUCAACUGGGGUGUAUAGCAGAGAGAGCAGAAAGCUGUUGUCUCUUUGGUCCAGGCUGUAGCUCUGGAGUUGCUGGGGAAGUCCAGGAAUCCAGAAAAUGCCCAGGUACUAAAGGAGCCAGCCAUGAGCUGCACGGACAAAAGACUGCUUUGUUCUGCCUGAGCUGAUAAGCAGCAGGAGAUCCAAGGUCACCUCCCUGGGAAGGUUAUGCCAGGUGACAGCUCCUGCCUCAUCCUUUCUGGAGAGAGCACCUUGGCCUGGCAGGUAGCUCAUCCUGGGCAAGAUCAACCUGGCAUCCAUAUUCAAGGUUUGAGGGUACCUGAUCACCCAGGAACAUCCCACCUCCCACAGGCAUGAAAAGGAAAUUAUAGGAUCAAAAUAGGGAAGGGAAACAGAGUCCCACUGCAAAGAAUAGCAGAGUCCCAAAGAGACAGGUCCAGCCCAGCUCAGGGCAGUGAUGGGAUGUGGACACAGAGAGAGCCCUUGGGAAGGGACAUGUGCUGCCAGUGGUGCUGCUUUGGGCAGGGUUUCACUCAUGGAAUGGGCUGUGUUUGGGUACACCCAGCAGGGCUGUGGGCUGGGCAGGCAGCCUGCACACGGUGGGUGCUGGGUUGGACUGGCCUGGCUGCACUGAGGGGCAUCUCCCAGUUCCUGCUGCUGUUGCUGAUGGAAAUGGAGCUGUUGGGAUCUGAGAGCUGCUCACAAAGGGCUCUCCUGCAGCAGGGGCAGCCAUCCAGGGCUGUCUGCAAUGAAGGGAUGCACCUUGAGCUGGCCAGAAGCUGCUGAGGCAUCAGAAUUGAAGGCUCCUGGUCUCAGUGGAGCAUGGCUCUGUGUGUAGCAGAGCUCACCAGGGCAGGAUUGAUGCUUAGCUCCCCAGACAAGACUUUCUUUGCACCAGUCUGUGCUGUGAUGGCAGCCAGGCAGAUUUCCCCACCUCUUUUGUACAGAGGUGAUGCUGCCCUCCUUGGGAAGAGGUUUAGCAUUGCUUGAGCAGGUUCCCAUGUGGAGUCACAUCUCAU